CCGCGGCCUAUCGUGUCACAGAGGCUUCUGCUCAUAUCCGAGGAGAUUCAGCGCCUCAUCAGCACUCGUGGUGAAGAAGUACUGGAGCCAGUACGUCCCCUCGAACCCAUUGGCGAUCUCGAUGAUGUACAGGCCGGCGACGUGCGUGGCCCACAUGGUGGCCAUGAAGAGCCAGUAG